AACUGUAAAUUUGCACACGAUUCAGUACGCACCACCAUUGUGAAUUGAUGUAGCCUAAAUAUCUAAUACUGCUGCUAUUAGACCCCGUAUAAUAGUAUUGCUUUGAUCAAACUGAGAAACAUAUCGUUUAUAAUGGACACAAGCUGUUUGAUUCUUCUAUAAACCCAGCUAUGGCUGAAGCAUUAAAGACUGUCAUCUCCCAGAGUACAGAGUGUCCAGUAUGUCUUUCUACAUUCACCGAUCCCAAGAUCCUGUCUUGUUCUCACACUUUCUGCAAGACUUGCCUGGACAACCUCUUAGAGUGUCACGGUAACUGUCAGAUCCGAUGCCCUGUCUGCAGAGCUGUGACCCAGGUCCCAAACAAAGAUGUCGGCAAACUACAGGUAAAUCUUGCUUUGAAGAGUCUGAUAGAGGAUAUGGAGGGCCAUCCUCAAAUUUGCACAAAUUGUAAAUCAAAUGACAAGCCCCAUUCUGUUGUCUACUGCCAAGACUGUGGCAAUUAUCUCUGCACCUCUUGUCUUAAUACGCACUCUCAAUGGGAAGGCUUUAUCGAUCAUGACGUCAUUGCCAUGAGUGAGAUCUCGUCAGGAAAGGUUUCAGUCCGUAAAUACCGAAAAUGCAGGAAACACCUGAAAGAAGAUGAGGGUUGCUUCUGUUCCAGCUGCAGGAGAUUCACAUGCUUCAGGUGUGUUGUUAUGGAACAUACGGGGGAAGGACACAAGGUCAUCGAGGGAGCAGCUUACGAGGACAAACACAUGAAGGGUAUCGAAGAACUUAAAUCAAAGGUGGACAAGAAACAAUCAUGCUUUCAGAAGUACAUUGAUUUCAUAGAUGAACAGACCAAGAGUGUUGACAAUGCCAAGAAACAGUGUACAAGUGACAUCAACAAAGCAUAUGAUGAUGCGGUCCGGCACUUGACAGAGAAAAGAGAAAGUCUGCUAAGAGAAGUCAAGGAAACGACUGAAGGAGCAGAGAAAGAACUGGAAAGCAUGAAGACCACGACUAAGAAGUACAUCAAUCAGUUGACGACCAUGGCUGAAAUGGUAACUAACAAAAUAAAGAUUCCAUUAGAUAUGGAUACUUUGGCUGCACACGACACUCUGUGUGAAGAGUUACGAGAGGUCUUUGAUCAAAAGGAUCCUGACUACGAGCAGCCGAAGAAAUCGGGCAUAAAGGGGAAAAGUGUCAAUUUCGAGAGAAAUGCUGGAGUUGAUGAGCUAGGCCUUGGAAAGAUUGUGAAUGUAGUUGAAAGAAACGUCGCCUUAACCACUAAUAAAACCUUUGAUGAAAAGGACGUUUCUUUGUACACUAAUAAGAUUGUUAAUGUAAAGAACGUUUCUUUGCCAGCUAUGAGUAGCAUGAAUGUCAUGGUUAGUACACCAGACGGUAGGAUGGCAGUAGGAUGUAGUACAGGUGGCAUCGUCAUCUUCUCUCCUGAUGGUCAGCUUCAGCAGACAGUUCUUAAGGAUGUUAAGAUUGAUGGGGUAGGGUUCCUCUCUGAUGGUCGAUGUGUUGUGAUUGAUACUUCAAACAUCAUCACACUGUACACACCGGAGUACACACAAUUGAAUGUAAUGUUUAAGACUCUGAGUCGAGAUAAAGGUUGGUAUUCUGAUCUCACUGUUGAUGGUGAUGAUCUGAUCUAUGUGAGCUACAGGAAAGCCUGCAAGAUCCAGGUAUUUCAAGCAUCAGGUGGGCAAGCAGUCAGGGAGAUACCAUGCAACGGGUAUGAACUUCGGCAAAUCACUAGUUACCAUGGUUCUCUUAUCACUUCAUCAGUUGAUACUAUCAGAUUAAUAGACAAACAGGGUGCUGUACAACAUAAAUUAAAGAAACCGGGUAGUUUCCUUUACGCUGCUGUAUCUCAAUGGAAUACAAUCCUGAUAGCCGCGGUGAAGCCUGGUGAAGGUCUGGUGAGCAUUGACGAGUAUACAAAUGAACUAAGGCACAUUCGAAACCUUGUUAAUGAUUACAAGAUUGAGAAGCAUUGGGUAUGUUGGUAUUACUAUUACCUCCAGCAGUACCGAUCAGGAGAGAUCGCUGUCUGCCCUCGGGAUAGUCUCUAUAUAUUCCGCUUAAAAUAAUUGAUGACAUGAUAUCAUAAUUAUUAUCGCAGAAUAUGGGGGGGGUGUGAGACCCACUGAGUUGCCAUUUUCUGCUAAAGUAAGCUGCUAUAAUAUAGAAAUACAUGAAACAAUUGUUGGAUCAUUUCUUUCUCGUUUCUCACCCAUAAAAAGCAUUUCGCUGCUUACAACUUUUUGUUUUCAAUUUUGCAUGUACCAACCAUCAUAUUUAUCAUGUUUAUCCUCUGUGUGGGGGAAAUUCUAGACUAUACUUGUAUGUUUUCAUAAAUUGGAAGAUAUCGUGAUUCUAUGCUGUGAAUGUAGACAUUAUUAUAACGUGUGAAUAUAUAAAUAUUAUUUUCAUUGAGAUGGUCUGAUCAUCACUCUUCGAUAUUUUUCGGAGUGUGAAACACUAAAAAAAAUUAUUUCAUUUAUGAAAAUUGCACGAAAAUGCAUAAAACAACUUAUAGUCAAUGAAUCUCAAUUUUUAUUUUCAGCUUUCCACUUAAUAUCAAGCAUCAUCUUUAUCAUGUGUAUCCUAUGUGAGGGAAUUUCUCGUGCUUAAAUAUAAGACAUAAUGUUAAAUAUACAUAUUGUAACAGUAUCCUGUUUAUGUGAUUUGUUCAACUGAUAACCUAUAAUGUUUAUUCAGUUAGAGGGCGCACUCUUGCUAAGUAAUAAAGUACCCCUUUCCUCCUGUAAGAAAUCUCUAACUACUCUCUGAUGUUCGAGUAAAGUAAAACCACUUAACAACCCAACCCAACCACAACUUGAAACACAUAUUUUAUGGGAAACCAAAUGUUUCUCUCUUCAUACAUGUCAUAUGCAUGUAUAUAUAAUAUUUGUCUAGCAAUGACUAUCGUGGCAAUGUGAUAUUUACCAUUGAUAUUAAUGAGUGUAUGCUAUACUGUUUAUGAUUUUAUGCAUAAAUUAGAAUAUAUCGUUAUUCUAUGCUGUGAAUCUAGACAUUAUUAUAACUUGUAAAUAUGUAAAUAUUUUUUUCAUUGAGAUGGUCUGAUCAUCACUCUUCGAUAUUUUUCGGAGUGUGAAACACUUAAAAAAAACUUAUUUCAUUUAUGAAAAUUGCACGAAAAAUGCAUAAAACAGCAUAUAGUCAAUGAAUCUCAAUUUUUAUUUUCAGCUUUCCACUUAAUAUCAAGCAUCAUCUUUAUCAUGUGUAUCCUAUGUGAGGGAAUUUUUAGUUCUUGUAUUUUAGACACAAUGCUAUUAGAUAUAUCAUGAGAAAUCAAAUGAUUCUCUGUUCAUAUAUUUGACUAGUAAUGACUAUGGUGGCACUUAGAAUUUUACUAUUGCUUUAUUAAAGAGUGUGUAUACUGUUUAUGUACGUAUACUUGUAUUUGUAAUACAUCGUGAUUCUAUGCUGUGAAUCUAGACAUGAUUAUAAUGUGUGAAUAUAUAUAUUAUCUUCAUCUGAUACGGAAAUAGACGGAUCUACACUCUUCGAUAUUUUUCGAAGUAGGUCAAUUUGUUAAAUGCAAUUAUAUGGAAUAAGUCGAAUGUGCAUUUCAGACAAUGGCACGAAAAAAAUGUAUAGGAAAAAGCAUAGUAAAUGGAUGUUAAUUUGGGUCAUUAUUUUAUUCUAAUUUUCGAGUUUUGAAAAUGAUUUCUGAGCAAACGGUAUUACAUUUUUAACAAGAUACAUUGGCAUCUGCACAAUAAUAUAUAACUCAAUUAAUCUGUAUGGAAAAUUAUUAUAUUAUAGAGUAUAAUUUCAAAUAACUUCAUCGGAUUUUGCCUUUUAAAGAGGAUUCAAUUCGAUAGAAGAUCAAGUCAGAUAUGACUUGCUUUUAGUGUGAU